ACAUCGGGUAUUUCCGUAUGCUCGUUACAGUCAAGGUUUAUAUACAUGUUAUCAAAGUUCAAAUAUUCUCUUACAAUAAAACGACAGAAGUGUGUUGUGUUUAUCAAUGUGAUACUAAAUUUAAAUGUUUUGGAGAUAGAGUUAUCAUGAAUAAAAAGAAGACAUUGAUUACUGCGUUGGGCAUGACUAUUGUUUUAAUGUUUAUAGCACUACUGUCCGACUUCUUCAAACCUGUGGCUAAGAGAGCUCCGCCUCCGGUCUCAUCGAAUACAAAGGGACAGAUGCAGAUUUCAUUUCUAUCGGGAGAUAAGAAUUUAAUUACCGAAGCGGAUAACGGAACGGGACCAAUUUUACUAACAAGAAAAAGUUCAGAAAUUUAUUAUCAGGACAUCAGAACCGGCCAAACCCAGUCGAACGCUAAGCAAAAGUCUUUUCAUACAACGAUUACACCGGCAUUGACAAAGACAACAGACAGCAUAACUGAUUCUGAAAAUAAGAAUGAGGCUACUCAUAUAGAAUUUUUGAAAGUACACAAAGCUGCAAGUUCGACUGCACAAAGCAUCAUUCUUCGAUUCGGACUAAAACGAAACCUGUCAUUUGUGAUUCCUACUCCAACCCAUUAUAUAUCUACUCAGAAAUAUUUCUUUAGUGACAUAUGGCCACCUUUGCCGGAAAAGCCGAAUGCGCACCAAAGAGUGGAUAAGAAUAUAAAAUCUAAUCAUAAAUAUGAUAUUCUUAGCCACCACAUGGUUUUUAACCAUAAAAAGGUUUCACAACUUCUGUAUAACGAUACAGUUUAUGUUGCAAUUGUUCGAGAUCCAUUCGACCUUUUCAUUUCAUCCGCUUGUUAUUACAAGUUCGCUCUAAAGUCGCCAUAUCCAUAUUUAGGCAAACUGUCCAACGAAACUUUUAUUACAGAUCUAAUAAGAAAUCCGAAGCAAAACGAGGCAACAACUAUGUCCGAGUCUAUGACCUUUAACUCUAUGGCGUAUGAUUUUGGUAUGUCCCUUAGUCUUAGGACAGCUGAAAAAAUAACCGAACAAAGCUUUGUGGAAUUUCUAAACAAAACGGGAAAUAUUUUUCAUCUUGUGAUGGUCGUUGAAAAGUUCGAUGAAUCGUUGGUGUUACUGAAGAGGUACUUAAACUGGACAUUACAAGAUAUAUUGUAUAUCAAAAUUAAUACAUUUUCACCAAAUAACGUUAGCAAUCUAUCGGAUUAUUUUGGUGUAACAGCAGACGACAUGACAAUUUUCAGAAAGAGAAACAAAUUUGAUUACGGAAUAUAUAAUUUCUUUAAAGACCGUUUGGAAAAACAAAUUUCAAAAGAAGAAUUUUUCACAGACGAAGUGGAGCAUUUUAAAGUAAUGUUACGCGAUGUUCAAAAGUUUUGUUCUAAAGUGGAGGCAGAACAGUUAAAAGCCAAAGAGUGCAUGCAAAAUACAGAUGAUUCAUUGGACAUUAAAUAUAGUGAAGGCAUUAAGAAUAAUAACACAGAACUCGAAAAUAGCACGCAGUUUAAAAAUCAGGAGCUAUUAAAAUCCAUUAAUUUGAUAAUUACAACAAAGAACGUGUCAGCUGGUCAAAAGAAGGAAUUACACGAGUUAUUCGAAUUAAUAGAAAGUGACUCGCUAGAAACAACAACAAUGAAUCUCUCAAAACUUUUACCAUUGCUUUUUCGGGACAGGGAUUGCCCAAGUACUCGUGAAUCAAAACUCUUGGUUCCAGAGUCAAAAUGGAAUAAGAACUUUUAUGUGACAUCACGUGACUGUGACAUUAUGACGAAGGAUAUUAUGUCACUUUACGAAAUAGUGAAACAAAACCAUUUAAAAGUCCAGAUUGAAGAUAAGUUUGGCAAUAAUUUUUCAAUUAUUGAGGUUGUUAAAUAUUUAUCAACAUUCACCUAAAUGACCAGUGUCGGACAUUUAAACAAUUUUGUUUUCGGUUAUUUAUUUUAGCGGCAACGAUGGCUUGAAACAGUAUCGUGCGAUUGUUAUAUAAAAAGGUGAAUCUAGCGCCAGUGUGGAAAUGUUUGCCUUGAUCUUUAACCUGAGCGUUCAAGCAAUUAUAUUUAGAAGAAAAUGCUUGAUCUGUACCCUUAAUGCAUGCUGCCCGUUAUAGAUACAGUUAUUUAAAAAAUGUUCACGGCCAAAAGUUCAUAUUUUCAUUUCUCUUAGAUCAUCUAGAUCUAGAAGAACCAUAUUCAAUGUAGCAAAAAUUGUAAACUUAGUUGUUAAGCUACCUGGAUCAGCUGCUUCUUAAUUAAGGAAAUACUGAUGUAAAUAUAGUUACUCGCAUUG